UUGUUGCUCUGUUUAUGAAUAAAUACAGAUGUUUUAAUAUUUUGCAAUUGUUUUAAAUAAUAAAAUUUAGUUUAGUGAACAAUAGUUAAUACACAACUUAUCUUUAGUUCGUUUGCAAUUGAAUUUUGUAACGCAAAUUGCAAGUAGAGCAGUGCAAAAAAGAAAGAAUGCCAACAAAAUAAACAAACAAAAAAUGUGGAGCUGUUGGUAAACAAAAGAUCCAUCACCGACCAUCAAGAGAACUACGGGCAGACGGAUGAGUGGCUUAGGCAAAUCGAUAGUGGAACAACAACAACGGCGUAUAAGUGAGCAACACCAAGAGAGUAGUCCCACAUUGUGUAGUAAACGGUCAAAGCAAACACAUCAUCAUCGAGACGUUGUCUGGUUAUUUGUUUUUAAUUUCGCUUUAAGUUUUGUUAUUUUUACGGUAGAUCUUAUAUUAAACACUAACGGCAUACAUACCUUUUGGUCGCACAAUCGUUCGGUCUGCCCGUUCGUCAUUCAGUCUGUCGAAGUCUUACAUGUUAAACAAGAAGUGAAAAAAGAAAUUUAGCCAAAAUAAAGCCAACAAGAAGUUUAUUUACACGUAACAUAAUGGGUUUGCGAUUUCAGCAAUUAAAGAAGUUGUGGCUUUUAUAUCUAUUCCUGUUAUUCUUUGCAUUCUUUAUGUUCGCAUUCAGUAUUAAUUUAUAUGUGACCAGUAUGCAGCCUUCACCUGGCCAGGAAAGACUACAACCGAAACCACCACCAAAACGACGAUCAAUUUGGCCUAUAAAAAAUGUUGUGGCCCAUUAUAUAGGCAAGGGUGACAUAUUUGGUAAUAUGACCGCUGAUGACUACAACAUUAAUUUGUUCAAUCCAAUACAAGGAGAGGGUUCGGAUGGUCGGCCUGUUGUCAUACCAUCAAGAGAACGCUUUCGCAUGCAAAGGUUUUUUAGACUAAACAGUUUCAAUAUAUUGGCCAGUGAUCGUAUACCCUUGAAUCGUACACUUAAAGAUUAUCGAACCAAAGAAUGUCGUGAUUUACCUUACAAAGUUGAAGAGUUGCCGACAACAUCGGUUAUUAUAGUGUUUCACAAUGAGGCUUGGUCUGUUUUAUUGAGAACACUAACCAGUGUUAUCAAUCGUACACCCCGGAGACUACUUAAGGAAAUUAUAUUGGUGGACGAUGCAAGCGAUCGAUCAUAUUUGAAAAAACAAUUGGAAAGUUAUGUUAAAGUUUUAACAGUCCCAACUCGUAUCUUCCGUAUGCCAACUCGUGGAGGACUGGUGCCUGCGCGUUUAAUGGGUGCCAAACAUGCUCGCGGUGAUGUUCUAACAUUCCUCGAUGCUCAUUGCGAAUGUUCGAGAGGAUGGAUGGAGCCCUUAUUGCACCGCAUUAAAGAAUCGCGUACUAGUGUUAUUUGUCCAGUUAUCGAUAUUAUAUCAGAUGAUAACUUUAGUUAUACAAAGACUUUUGAAAACCAUUGGGGAGCAUUUAACUGGCAGCUAAGCUUCCGUUGGUUUUCGAAUGAACGUAAGGGCAUGUCGCUAAGAGAUAAUCCCACUAAGCCUAUUAUGACACCUGCAAUGGCCGGAGGUUUAUUUGCAAUUGACCGCAAAUAUUUUUAUGAAAUGGGAGCUUAUGAUGAAGAGAUGAAGAUUUGGGGUGGUGAGAAUGUAGAAAUGUCUUUUCGCAUUUGGCAAUGUGGCGGUAGUGUGGAAAUCAGUCCAUGUUCUCAUGUUGGCCAUGUUUUCCGCAGCACUACUCCCUACACAUUCCCCGGUGGCAUGAGCGAAGUUUUGGGACAAAAUUUAGCACGUGCAGCCAUGGUAUGGAUGGACGAAUGGAAAUAUUUCACAAUGCUCUACACAGCAGGACUUACCGUUUCGAUGCAAGACAAAAUUAAUAUCAGCAACCGUGUAGCCUUACGCGAACAACUUCAAUGUAAACCAUUUUCAUGGUAUUUACACAACAUCUGGCCCGACCAUUUCUUUCCCGAUCAUGAUCGGUUCUUUGGAAAAAUUAUUUGGUUGGACGGGGAAACCGAAUGCGCCCAAGCAUAUAGCAAUCAUAUGAAAAAUAUACCUGGACGUCUUUUGUCUCGUGAAUGGCCGCGAGUUUUCGACGAAAUCGAUAGUAAUUCCGAACUGUUUAUGAGUCUAAUCGAUUUGGAUCGCGACAAAUGUUUAAGACCGGCUAAAGAUGACGCUCCACGCACUUCUGUACAACCAGUGACGGUGGGUGAUUGUAAUGCCCAUUCUCAAACUAUGGACAUUUUCGUUAUAACGCCCACUGGUAAAGUAAUGACAAAUAACAAUAUUUGUCUGACCUUCAACGAACCAAAACAAAGUGUAAUAAAAAUGCUAAAGAAUCGCAACGCUACUACAUCAAAUAUUCAUCUAACGCCAUGUUCGAACGAUCCACGUCAGUUGUGGAAUUACGAUAUGGAUACUCAACACAUAAGUCAUCAUGGCAAUCAACUUUGUUUAACUCUUAAAGCAACCGUAUCAGUAAAAACACAUGUACAGGAAAAAAUUGUCGUAGCCAUGGAAUGUAACUUCAAUGAUAUUACUCAAAAAUGGGGACUUAUACCACUGCCAUGGAAAAUGUAAAGUUAUUUACAAAGCCAACAUACCACCACUGUGAACUGUAACUUUACACCGAAACUACAAUUGAAAAAAAAAAUGCAAUUAAUUUAGUGCAAUUAGAAAAUUCAUAGAGUAAAUUAAAACAAAAAAAAAAAAAAAAUGAACAAAAUUCAAUUUCUACAACACCAGCGAAUACAAAAUGUGAUAUUUUUUUAUUUGAUUGAUAUUGAUGGUGAUGCAUGAUUAAUUGAAUUUCACUUAACUGAACUACAUACUUACUUUUUUCAUAAUUUAGUUUUGGUUCAUAAAUCUACAAGAUUUUUCCUACAAAACUUAUAUAAUUUCGAUAUUUGAAUUUAAUAUUUAAAAAAAAAAAUUAUAAUACAACAUAUUUUUUCCUUUUGUAAAUAUUUAUAUUUCGAGUGAGAAUAAUCAUAGUAUCAGCAGUAGCAAAUCUUUUGAUUUCUAUUUUUGAAAUAAUUUAAUUUUAUUAUUAUUUUUAAGUCAACUCAACUAAACAUUUUAAAACUUACACUAACAUUUAACUAAGUAUGUAAUUUUAAGUAUGUAUACAUAAAAUAUAUUUUUAAGAUAUACAGUAGAAACUAAUAAACAUUUUGUUUAAAUUUUAAUACAUAUGAAAUUAAA